AUGGAACCUCGUGCCGGCAAAGCAGAUACAGGAUUCGAUGAGGAUUUGCGUCGAGCGCUGCAAAUGAGUCUCGAUGAAGCGGAGGGUAGAAGUUCUUCGGGGUUUGUACCGCAGACAGGUAACGCCCCAAAACCUUCCAAACCUGCCCCAGGGCUGGAACAGAAUAUGGACGAGGAAGAUGCGGACCUCAAGGCUGCGAUUGAAGCAUCCCUGCGUGACAUGGAACAACACAAGCAAAACCAUGCGGCCGCAUUGAAGAACGUGCCCACUUCAAUUUCCGCCUUGCGCGAUUCAACUAGCACGCCCGCUUCAUUGCCCAAAAACCCAUACGAACUAACCCCUGUUGAAACCGAGAACAUUCAUCUCUUCUCUACACUUGUUGAUAGGCUUCAGCAUCAGCCGCCGGGCACAAUUCUUAGAGAGCCGCAGAUCCAAGAGCUAUAUGAGAGUAUCGGUGCGCUUCGACCAAAGCUGGCUCGGAGCUAUGGAGAGACCAUGAGUAAACAUGAUACAUUAUUGGAUCUCCAUGCCAAGCUCUCUACAGUUGUACGUUACUAUGAUCGGAUGCUGGAAGAGCGUCUGACCAUGGCUUAUUCCCAACACAACCUUGGCCCUGGAGCUAUUCCUGGGGCGGCGCAAUAUCCCAAUCUUCAGCCAUCGUUUCCUGCUCACACCCCCGAUGUUCAGAGUGGAGCUGAGAAUUUCUAUUAUGGAACUCAGAUGGACAGCUCUCGCCCACCCACCACCAUGUAUGCACCGCAGCAGGUGAACGGCGAUGGGUUCCAAGGUCCACCCAGCGCUUUCCAGAAUCCCGCCUACCCAUCACAACCUCAACAAGGAGGCCCCACAAAUGAGUCUCACCGUCCUGCUUGGGGAGGAAAUACCUACCCGACACUUGGAUCACCUUCACCUAGUAACGCCAUUCCAAAUAACUAUACAAAUACCCCAGGACCAAGUGCCCCGGCUUCAUAUUACGCAGGACCACACGACCAAGACUCAGCCAAGCUACCCGGCGCGGAACCUCCAUACCAGCCGUCGCCCAUAAUGCAUCGGGAAUCUCAGUAUCAGGCCAGUGCGCCUCCCAGCGGUCCUACCCCUGUGCCCGAGCAACACGCAUCUGCCGAGCAUGUGCAAUCGCCAGGCUAUUCUGUGCCGUCUAUUGCGCCAGCACUUCAUCAGCAGAUAACGGCCCCUUCUCAGUCUUACUAUUACUCAUCACAGGCCCAGCCUCAACAUCAUCCCAACGCUGCGCCAUCCGUCUAUCCGUCAAAUAACGCCGGACAACCGGGGUCGUAUGCACAUGAGACUUCGCAGCCGCCCUAUCAGCAACCAGCACGACCGGUGGAGGAAAACUUGAUUGAGCUAUAG